AUGAGGUUCCAGCUCAUAGUCGCCCACGCGGCCCUGGCUGCAGCCGUCCUGUUUAUAACAAGGAACCCAGCCAGCGUACUCCACAAACGCGAUGCAGUGACACCAGCGAUCUUUGCAUGUCCCGCUACCAGCUGGCCGCCAAACACCAUCGGCGCAGCCAACCUUCCCCAGGAGCCCUCGGAAGACCUAGCCUCGAUGCUUGUGCAAGUCGAUCCCGCCAAGAUCGAAGCCACGAUCCUCAAGCUGGUUACUUUUCAGACUCGCCACACGUUGUCAACGCAGAACUCGACCACACGAGGGAUAGGGGCUGCGCGCAACUGGAUCCACGCCGAGUUCCAGAAGUACGCCGACGCCAGCGACGGCCGGCUGACGGUAGAAACGGUGGGCUACGUGCAGCAGCCAGAUGGCAGCCGCAUCACGUUCCCCACGCUCAUCAGCGACGUCGUGGCGACGCUCCGGGGCACCGACGAGAACCGGCUGUACGUUGUUUCGGGACACUACGAUUCAAGGAACACGGACAUAAUGGACUACGAGGGUGACGCACCGGGAGCCGACGACGACGCUUCGGGGGUUGCCAUCUCGCUGGAGCUGGCGAGGAUCAUGUCGCAGCCCGACUACCCGCUUCCGAAGGCGAGCAUCGCGUUCGUGACCGUGGCGGGCGAGGAGCAGGGGCUCUACGGUGCCGAGUUCCUGGCGCAGACGUAUGCGAACGCUACUCCACGCGUCAAUGUAGAAGGGAUGUUCACCAACGACAUCGUAGGCUCGCCAAAGGCAGACGACGGCACCGUCGACCCCUACGUGAUCCGCCUCUUCGGCCAAGGCCUGCCGCCGAUCACAGUCGAGAACAGCGCCACGCGGGAGACCCGCCUCACCAUCGGAGGCGAGAACGACACGCCGGCGCGCAACCUAGCGCGCUUCGUCAAGGAGGUCGGCGAGAACGCGGCGACGCAGAUGAACGUCUCGGUCAUCUACCGCCUGGAUCGCUACCUCCGCGGCGGCGACCACCGGCCGUUCCUCGAGGCCGGGUACCCGGCGGCGAGGUUCACGGAGCCGAACGAGGACUUUGCCCACCAGCACCAGGACGUCAGGGUCGAAGACGGGAUGCAGUACGGCGACCUUCCGGAGUUCUGUGACUACGAGUUCAUUGCGCGCGUGGGCAGGGUCAACGGCGCUGCGCUGUGGAGUCUCGCGAACUCGCCGGGCAUGCCGACGAAUGUGCAGGUCAACACGACGGCGUUGAGUAACAAGAGCACGUUCUACUGGGAUCCGCCCCUUGCUGGGGAGGAAGGCGUGGAGGCUUACGAGGUGGUCUGGAGGACUACGGCCGCGCCAUUUUGGACAGAUGUCAUUGAUGUUGGCUUGGUCAAUGAAGCGACCGUUGAUUUGAGCAAGGACAAUGUGGUUUUCGGGAUUCGGGCAAGAAGUGCGGAUCGGAUGAGGGGAGUUGCUGUUUUGCCUUUCCCGUAG